AUGGAAGAAAUGGGUGUGGGGGAUACUGUGGCCGUUGAAUUGUCAUUUAUGAUAUUUAUUAUUCUGGGCAGAUGGAUAUUGCCAAGAGGAAAAAUAAGUCAUAGUGCUUUGUCUCAACUACUACUGGUUUAUUUAUCACUAGCAUCGGACAUAUUAGAUUUGUUAACACUAUUCAACGAAAAAGAAAUUUAUCUGAGCGGUAUCAUGGUGAAGGCUGUAUUAUCAACAUUUUCUGUUUGUAUGCUUCAAUUUGCAUUAAAUUUGACAGCAACACGCGGUCGAUCAUUUCACGCUGAGUUUGAUCAAACAGAAAUUGAAAUUGUUCAACCACCACCAAAGCAACGGCAAACAGGUAAAUUAUUAUCAAAAAUUAUUGGAGCAAAACAGAAGCAACAACAUCAAUCAUCCAGUUUAACACGACGGUUAAAAACAGCCAAUUCAAUAAAUCAAUUUGUCCAAUUACCCAUUUUACCAAGAUUUAAAUUUAAUACUAAAACGACUAAACAAGGUGGCUUUGAUAAUGAAAAGAAAGAUGAGAGUGUACCAGAAAGAAAGAAUAAUUAUAUGCGACGAGCACAUCGACGAUCAUCAUCGUUUUGUAAUCAACCAAGCACAAUUUUCGAAAAUGUCGCUACUCAAGAGGAAGAGGAAUUGCCAAUGGCACCGAAAUCGUUAGCUGCAACAUCAAUGACAUCCGUUACAGGUGGAUCAGAUCCUCAGAUAUCCAGCAAACAAGAAAAUAGAUAUAUUGAAAAUAAUAUAAUCAAAAACAAAGCUCAAAAAGAGCAGAAUCAAAUUACCAAUAAGGAAUGUUCCACAUUUCAAGCAGUUGAUCCACCGUCGAUACUCUCCUAUAAAACUAAUAUGUUAUAUCCACCGACGGCUCAUCGUCAAUCUAUUACAAGUUUAAACUCAUUAAACAGCUAUUACCGUACUUCAGGUGGUACUUCAGGUUUAAGUAAAAUAUCAUCGAGAAAAUCGAUAGCCGAUUCUGUUAAAGUAUUUGUAAAACAACGGUCGAAGAAAUUUCUUCGAAGUGAAAUAUGGUCGAUCCUUGUAACAGUGUCAUUCCAAGAUGGUCCAUUUUUUGCGAUUCGAUUAAUUGCAAUAUUCGUAUUCAAAGUAGAAUCGUUCUUAACAUACUUUUUUACAUUUAAAAAUUUACUAAUUUUUGUUUUUCAAACAUAUCGCAUUACAGCAAUAUGCGUAGAAAAAGAUGAAAAAGAGCAAGAAUUUGAAGAAAAACUCGACACGAUGCGUCGAAUGAGCGUAGCUGCAAUUCAGUUAGGAAUUCCUUUGAAUCGAAAAAUAUAA